CUCUGACUGUGAGUCCCAGCAGCUCUCAGAUGUUUAAAGGACAGUUUGUCUCUCUGAGCUGUGAGGAGGACGACAGCUCUGCUGGAUGGACGCUGAGGAGGAACACAACCAAACAAACCAGAACUGAGUGUGGAGUUAAAUGGGGAAGAUCAGCUGGUUCCUCCUGCAACAUCAGCUACGUCAUCCCGCCAGACAGUGGAGUUUACUGGUGUGAGUCCAGAGAGGGAGCAACCAGUAACAGCAUCAACAUCACUGUCACUGGUGGAUCAGUGAUCCUGCAGAGUCCUGUCCUCCCUGUGAUGGAGGGAGAUGAUGUCACUCUGCACUGUAAAACAAAGACCUCCAACCUCCCAGCUGAUUUCUAUAAAGAUGGCUCCCUCAUGAGGACUGAGCCUGCAGGUCACAUGACCAUCCACCAUGUUUCCAAGUCUGAUGAAGGCCUCUACAAGUGUAACAGCAAUCAUGGAGAGUCUCCACCCAGCUGGAUCACUGUCACAGGUAAACCUACAACCACAGCCCUGACCCCUACAUCGGGAGCCCCGCCCCCUGCCUCAGCUCCCCUCCAGCUUGUGUUCAGACUGGUCUGCCACAUAGUGGUGUUCUGUCCAUACUUCAUCUCCACUCUCCUCAUGGUGUCUUUAUAUCGAUACAGGCCCACAGGAAAUGACCCGCCCGUCUCCAUGGUUAUGACUGCGCCCACUCAGACUGAGCAGGGAUUGGAUAAUGACUACGAUGACGUCAUCACCUCUGUCACCACAGAGCAUCACUUCUGAACUGAACAGAUGUGUUGUCGUUCUGACGUGAAGAUAAAAAUCAGAUUUCAAGUCCUUCAUGAAUGAAAAACAGCAGAGCAUCCGAAACGCUUCCCUGUGGAACUCCACAUGUUCUAGUUUGACUUGUACAUCAAAUGUGUUGAAGUUACAGAGAAGACAGGAAAUAUUUUUAUAUUUCUGCUGCUGUCUGUCUGUUUCAAGCUGCAGAUCUGAAAGAAAACAUGUCAUAAUUUUCUGCCAUGAUGUUAUAAACUUGUUUUCUUAAAACUGGUGAAACAAUGUGCAGAGAAAUGUCACAUCUAUUAAUGUAUCUAUCUCUACUGUUUGUUUUGUUGUUCAUUUUAUGACUUUAUGUUCAAUUAUUGAUGUAACACCAGUGUACAACCAUUUCUGCAGGAUUAAAAAGUUUGU